AUAAACCAUCACAGUUAAUUAAAAGUAUUGCACUCCAAAAGCGGCAGCGAACAGGCGCCCGCGCGCUUCGCCAAAAGCGAGCAAACCGAGGCUGAAUAACCUACCCAAUCGCCGCACUAAUUGAAUCGUAACCAGCAAAAUUCAAAAGCACUCUCAUCCUCAUUGACCCGGACAAAUCUGAUGUAAUACCCCAUUUGACUGGUUAAAUCAUGAGUUCUUAACACAAACCGCCCACUCGGAAAGCGUUCCGAAUUCAAAUAACACCUCUACACGCCUUUUGACCAAUGGUGUCUCGCAUAACGGAAUAAAGAGUGGCAGCAUAGAGACGCGUCAACACCCAUCGGAUAACGCGGACCAAUAGCGGGCGAGACGUCCAUGUUCGUUAUUUUUUUUAUCCCGCGCUACGGGCGUCAAUUCAGUUCCGAGGCUCAUUCGGUCGCGCGCCACCACGGCGUUCGUAUCGCGCGUACGCGUCACGAAAAUGGAUUGUGCUUUGUGUGACAUGUGCUUCUGAGAUUUGGUGAUAUUUUGUGUCGGACUUGUGUGCAAAAGCAUGAUGCCUCUCGCACCGACCCCUGUGGUGGCGGUGCCAUCGAAGCCGAAGAUAGGAUUUAGCAUAGACAGUAUCGUAGGGGGUUCAGAAAGACCUAAACAUGCGUCGCCGCCUUUGGCAAGUCCAGGCUCGCCUUCUCCUGUGGCGAGUCCUAGAAGUCCAUCUCCUCGGCCAUUGCUACGGCCAAGUGCGUUGCCGGCAGUUUUUCCUUCGCCAGAGUUGAAGAGACUACCUUAUCUGGAAGCUCAAAGUCAUCAUCAUCAGUUCCUAGCGCAUUUUCAAGGGGCAGCGUUGGCUGCGGCAUUGGCACACCAGCAGCAAGGGUUCGGAGGUCCCCUGCCGCCUCACCCACCGCCGCAUCCCGCCGCGCCGGUGCCCAGAGAAUCAUAUCAACUUUACCCGUGGCUUAUCAAUAGACAUGGAAGGAUAUUUCCGCAUAGGUUUCCUGGAGGUCCGGAUAUCCCAGGUUUUCUCCUGCAACCGUUCCGCAAGCCGAAGCGGAUCAGAACAGCUUUCUCCCCGUCACAACUCCUCAAGUUGGAACACGCGUUCGAGAAGAACCAUUACGUCGUUGGUGCGGAGAGGAAGCAGUUAGCCCAGGCGCUUAGCUUGACUGAAACUCAGGUCAAAGUUUGGUUCCAAAAUAGAAGAACGAAGCAUAAAAGGAUGCAGCAAGAAGAAGAAGCGAAAACUGGAACCAAAUCCAGUUCCUCUGGAUCCAAACAGGAUGACGGUAACCAAUUCAACAAUUCAUACGAAGAAGAAGAUGAAGAACUUAUAGAUAUGGACAUGGACGAACUAAGUGAGAGUGAGAAUGAGACGUAGGAGUGAUAAGUGACACUUAGAAGUGAUUUGUAAAUAUUAUAGUUGGUAAAAAUAUUUAUUUAUGCUCACGGACUUAAUCCUUUUGCGUGUAAUGAAUUACGGAAACGCGUCAAUCCCAUGUGUUGCUAGAAAUUAAAAAAUAAGUGGGCUAACCUAUCUGUGUUGCACUAUAUUUGGUUAACAGAGAUAGUUUAACAAAUUUCAAAUUGUAAGACACUGGUAAUGUCAUAUUUUGGUAGUUACUUAAUUUACUUGUUUGAUAGAUGUAUUGCAAUAAGUAGAAAUAGUACUGUAGCAGAUUACGUUGAUGAAAAAGUACUUUUACGUAUACAUACUUUCGUACUUAUCUACCCGAGGUUCAUUUAGUUAUCUAUACAAGGUUUAAAGAAUUAUAAUAAAUCUUGGAGUACAAUGCUAUUCAAAUUCAAAAAUCUUUAUUUAAUUUAGGAUGAUACACAUCACUUAUUGACGUCAAAAAAUUACAUGAACUAAGUCUGCUGCCGGCGCAGGUGAAGAAGAAGCGGCGCAACAAACUUCACCGCGGCCUUUUCUCCAAGGACGUCAAUUAACAAAUAUUGGUCUUAUAUGUUAUACCUAUUUAUCAAUGGUGUCAAGGUAUACCUACCUACCUAACAACUUUCUUCGUACAUAAACUUAGUUCAUUAUCUAACUCAAUUUUCCGCUUGCGGACAUAAUUUAAUUUCAAAAUGCCAAUCUAAACCAAUGACUCCAAUAACGAAAAUUAAUCAUUCUUAUCAAUUAAAAAAGGCAGCCAUUAAAUUAGACAAUUCAAAAUGGCGGCGGCGAGAUCUUGUUAGUUGCUCACGAAUUAUCCAAAUUGGUCGUAUUAUAAUAGUUAGGGGCUAAAUUAAUUAAAAAUGCCUCUUUUGAUGCGUCCCUUCACUGAUGUGGGUAUAAUUAGGCAUUUUAGAUCAUCAUUCCGAUAGGCGUGGCCUUCAAACGAGCUGUCAACUUUAGAGGAAGAUAGAUAUACUCUAUGAGGUUAUGAUAGAGCGAGAGGUCGUCGAGAUGGGCAGAUUGUACAGUCAUCUAGAAAAUUGUUUAACAGUUGUUAUAUUUAAUUGAUAGAUACGAGCGAUCGUUGAUUUAUGUGAUUAAUUGGUUGAAUAACUAGUUUUCUUUUAGUUUAAGUACUCGAUUAUUAUUGGUUAACGUGAUACGAUUAAAAGUUAUGCUAAAAUUAAAAUAACAACACCAGUGAAAAUAAAUAUAAAAGUAAAAAUAUCAUUAGAUCUAAUCUUUCAAAAAAAUAUUUUACGAAAAUUCAUUAAAUUGAAGUAGCAUAAAUCAUUUCCAUUUUGUGAAUUGGAAAAAUUUUGGCUACAAGUAUGUAUUAUGAUCUCUAACUGAUCACUAAAAAUCAGGCAAAUUUUUGAAACGUUUCAAUACAAACAGUAUAUUCGAAAAUACAACUUAAUUAAUUAAUGUCUCAAUAACUUAUUAUUGUAAUGGGAAAGUUUAAAAAGCUUAUAUGUAUCGAAAUAUUAAUAUUUUUAUAACCGACUAUACUCUCAAGGGCUAUUAUUAAGAUGCGUUUAGAAACACCCUAUCUUGCUUUUUGAUCGCGUCCAGUAAUUGCCCGAGACUGCCCAAAUUGUUUUUAAACUGUUGACGAUUGUUCUCCACAGCUAUUUGUCUAUGAGCCCAAACUUCACGAUUAAGAUCUAUGGUCUUUCACGCGCCAUAUUCAUUGUUACAUACGUUAUAACGUUAUUGCCUAUUAUUUUGCUUUUCUUUUCCCAAGUAAUGAAAGUGAUUACCCGUUUAAUAAUAAAAUUACAGGGAGAACGCCCGUGUAAUUAGUUAUUUAACGAUAUGAAUAUUUUUACAUACAUUUUUUUGGUAAUUCUCUUUGUUUCUUAUGCGCUCUGUCAUGUGAGAAUUAUUACCAAAAUAACGUUAUUAUUACUGUUAGAAUUUUAGCUUUAUAGCAGCGAAUAGUUAAUAACUAAUUUUUGAUUAAUUUAACGUAAUCAAGUGUUGACUACUGAGAUGUCUAAUUUUUUUUUUCAAUUUAACUUAUAUAACAGUUGUUUAUUAUCGUUUUCUCUUAAAGAAACUUAUCAGACUCAAAAUCAUUUUAAAAGUCAACUUGUGCUCUCUCAAAACAUUGUGCAAGAAAUCGAGUAGGUCUUUUAAAACGCGAUUAUAAGGCUAAUUUGUAUUUACCUUUCCGUCUUUUGUUCGAUUGAUUUACGAUUACGAGUAUCGAGUUGCGACCGUAUCGAUUUCAAAGUGCAUCGGGUUAAAAACAAGCCGUUUAGUUAUACGUAACUCCAUAAUAACACAAAAGUGGGAUUUUAAAUUGUAGUCAUUUUAUGUUUUUGUUGUAUUACUGGCACUCUGAAGGUUGGCAAAAUCUUUUUAUUAUUCAUAAAGUAUUUCCAAAAUAUUAUGCCUUAUAUUUUUAUAUAUUAAAUACAUAUUUGCUUACAUUUUUUUGCUUUUAAAUAUACAUAUAUAUAUAUAUUUGCUUACAAAAACUUGUGGACUGGAAGAAAUUUUCUCUUUUUUAUUAUUAUUAUUAUUUAAAAUAUUAUAUAAAAGAAAACAUAAAAAACUAGAAUAGAUAUAAUUCUGUGCCUUCAUUUGUUCACGGCUUUAUUCUUUGUAAGAUUACACUUGUCUCAAUUUCGAACUAGAGAAUAGAUCUGUCGGUUAUGUAGCUUGUCUUAUGGGAAGAGUUUCCCACUGUUGGACUGGUUUACACUCUUUGUCACUCUGGACGAGUAUUCGGGUUUAAUAUUAAACAUUUCAAUGUUUAAUAUUUGCGGCUGGCCAGCGGUGUUCCUGACGAUAUCUCUCUUUGGGAAUGCGGUUGUUGCCUAUCAGCUCUCAAAGCCAAUUUGCACAUUAGUCGCCUCGUACGACAUCCACCGGAGGACAUGGAGUGGUCAUAUUCUAGGUCGGGAGUCACACGCCGCUGUUUCUCAUUCGCUAUCUCAAGUUAAAUUGAUUGCGAUGCCAUUAUACUCUGACUAUUCCAUUUUCAGCUCGAUUAACCACAAGUCCAUUUUAAUUAUCGAUUUUCUUCAUUAACUGUGUGCGAUUAUCGACCAUGUCGAUACUUUACGAUGCUCUUCUGGCAUUUUUAAUUACAAAAGCCUUGAUUGCUUCUAAUUCGCCGAUUAUACGACACUUUUCCUCUUAUUGGAGUCCAUUUGAUAGGAUUGAUAAAGUUAAUUUGAUUGAGAUGAAGUGAUUAAGGGUUUAGACUUUGUCCCAAUAACGAAGUACAAUUUUUUUCGGGACAGGAUUAUAAGCCUUAUAAUCAUGUCCCGAAAAAAAUUGUAUUUUAUUAUCACAUGACAAAGAUAGGCAUAGAAUCAGUUAAAAUUAGGACACAUUUUUGUGUAUCAUUAAAUAAAUAUUAUUUAAAUGACAUUACCAAUGUAUUUAGAAUACAAAAAUUAAAUAUAAUAUUGAAACAUUAUGUAACUGACAUAUUUUAGUUUUUAUUUUUGGCGUUGUUUGUCUAGUAUACGGUUCAUGCAUUAAUUAAUAAAAAAAAAUAUGCAACAGUCUUAAUUGUCGCCUAUUUUGGCACUAUUUUUUGUUUCAUAGCGUUAGCCUGCUUAUGAUAUAAGCUACCUUUGACUAAAUAAUCUUAUGAUCUUUUAGAAGAGUGAUUUUCUUUUCAUAAAAUGGGACAGGUUGUAAAACGCCAGAUAUAUAGUCUAUCAAAGUUAUUUGUAAUAAUUCGCUCAAUUUAACAUAGGUAGUGUUAGUAUCAGUUCCUUUAGAGUAAGUAUGUGGGUAACAUGAAGCGAUAAUAUAAACAUAUGGUUAUACAGUAUUAUAUAAACUAUAUUCUGAACAUUGAAUUGUAAUAAAAUAAAUUGUGACUAUUAUUUUAGUAAAGUACAGUCUCCUAAAUGAAGUUUUAAGACUUUUUUUUUAAUAUAAUUUAAGGAAAAUAUAAAAACUGUACUCACAAUUUUCAUUUCUAAGGAAAUAUUCGUUUUAAUUUAUUUUAGGUCAUAUGGUUUUAAUUUAAAAAAAGAACAUGCAAAUUGACUGUUGAUUGUAUUUAAUUUUCGAAAUUUUAUGACAUUUAUUGGUAAACAUCGAGAUUAUCAUACACGUAAAUUGUGUAUAUUAAAAUACUAUUAAAUUAUAAAUGAAUCUGUAAAUAAUUAUUUAUUAAUUCGUACUUAAUUGAAAUAUGAUUUUCACGUUAAGCACUUAAUGGCUAUUAUUUAAUAUAUCAGGUUUGAAUAGAUCAAUCAGUUUUGUGUUAUUCAAUGAUAUACAAAAUAUGUAUUGCCAUAUAUGAUAAUAUUGUUACUGUGUAAAGUGAUUGUCAGUACAUAAAUGCAAGUCUGUCAAGAAAACAUAUUUUUAACGAACUACAUUUUUUUGCCGUUGCAAUACAAAAUAGAUAAAUUCAAGAUCGGUUGUUUAACACCCAGUGUUGCCAGCGAACAGGAGACAGCGCCCUCAUUUCUUUAUUCACUUCAAUUUUUUGACAGACUAUAUAUAAUAGUUGAAAAUAUAUUUAAUGUUUCUAAUUUGCAUGCUUUAUAGCCAAUAGGCACACAUUUUGAUUGUGACGUGUCUUUUAAAAAUCAAAUUAAAACUAUGCAAUGUAAAAAAAAUAAAUUAAAGUUGUGGAGCAUGCAAUACAGUCAGUUUCAUACGAAGAGUCAUGUCAGAGGUCUUUAGGCGACUUGAAUAACCAGUGUUAAGUUCCCCCCCCCCCAAAAUGAACAAGUUUCAUACCUACGAAAUAAAAUUAAAAUUAUUUUACUUGUGAAUUUAUUGACGAAAACUUUACACGAUUUUUUUUUUUGGUAGUCACACGCUAUAAUCCAACAAUUACUUGAGUUUCGAAUGCCAUAGUUGUGGUUGUAAAUAAAAAGUAGUUUAUUAGUUGUAAAUUCUACAUUCGAAUUAGGAAUUGUAAAUAAUCCUUUAGUCAUAAUAGUUUUAAGUGUAUUUUUGUGUGUAUAUUCGCCCAAACAUUUUCCCCAGUGACUGUACACAAGAUAAUUAUCCACUUCAUGACAGCAAUGUAUGUAUGUGAACGACGAGUGAUAUAAAAUAUAUGUUUAUACUCAUUUA